AUGGCCGCGCGCGUCUGCCGACCUUACCCUCGCUGCUGUUACCACCUACCACCUACGCCGUUGUCAUCAUCCCACCCACCACCACCCCCUCCGCCAAAAAUCGUCGAUCGAUCUCGUCUCAUCGCUAUGCUUUCCUCUCUUGUCUCGUUUCUAUCGCGUCAGCACCCCACCCUUGUACUCCUCCGAACCCGAUCCCUAAUACGCGUCUGUGCCGCCACCACCUAUAGAGAGGCCCACACCCCGACGCUCUUCCCGCCCCGCGACGUCUCCCGAGGUCCGGCUCGCUCGCUGGCACUGUGCUCGUUGCCUUUGCCAUUGACUGGCGUCCCCCCGGGACACGCACGCCGGGCGAAACCCCGUGUACGUGUAACUUAUCGCUGUCGCUGUCUCGUCUGUUAUCUCUAUCCGAAAAAAACGCAAUGUGGAAUAAUGGAUUUACAUACUUGUUUGUUUUACUUACCCUUUCUUCUUCCCUUCUCCCUUAUCUUCCUAUUCUUCCCCUUCUUCUACCCUUUCUUCCUCUUCACCUUCGCCUCUUCUUUGUUGGGUUCCCAGUCCGCUCUAUCCCCCUCCCCCUAUACCUACACACCUACCCUCUACUACCCCGCUCUGGCUACUUGA